UUGAUUUUUGGCAUAAUCUAUACUUGGGUAGCUGUUCGGUUGUAUUUUCUACGUUUCGGUGGUUCCAUGAUUUUACGACAGUAUUGCGACCUGGAUUACGGCAGUAUUUGACAGGCGACUCGAGCGCGGAAUUUGUAAACAGAACCAAAGGUUGAUGUUGCUCCUCACGUUUUUUUAAUUAGCAUUUUUUAAUUGGCUUCGAAGAAAUUGUUUUCAUAUUUGUUCAUCUAUUAAAGUCGUUGAGGGUGAAGUUUGUCAACCGGUGACUACCUUUUACUUUUUUUAAAGUUUUGUGAAGCAGGUACCAUGGCUUUAGCUAGCUACGUUAGCUAACAUGCUAGCAGGCUGUCUGGAGGACCGGCUUCUUCAUGUGAGAGCGGACAGGUAUGCUAGUGCACCUCCUCAGGAGAUCUCUGCUUCGAUCUGGAUUACAGCGGCUAGGAGUCCAACGGAGGGGUUUCUGUGCGGAGCAGAGUGACCGGUGUCCGGGCACACCGCAGCAGGCAGACAUGAUCCGGAGCCGGGCUCAGAUCAAGCGGGUCCUCUGCGUGGCCGAGAAGAACGAUGCUGCCAAAGGCAUCUCAGAGAUCAUGUCCGGCGGCUCGUCCAGGAGGAGAGAGGGGAUGUCAAAGUAUAAUAAAAUCUACGAGUAUGAGUAUCAUCUCUUUGGUCAGAAUGUGACCGUAACAAUGACUUCAGUAUCAGGACAUUUACUGGGUCUGGAGUUUAAAGCACAGUUCCAGAAAUGGCACAGUUGCAAUCCUGUGCUGUUAUAUGAUGCUGAGGUAGAGAAGUACUGUCCAGAGAACAUGAAACAAAUCAAGCGGACACUGGAGAAAGAGGUGAGGCAGUGCCAGGCCUUAGUCAUCUGGACUGAUUGUGACAGAGAGGGAGAAAACAUUGGCUUUGAAGUCAUAGAUGUCUGCAAAGCAGUGAAGCCCAAUUUACAAGUAUUUCGGGCAAAGUUUUCUGAGAUCACCCCCAACUCCAUUCGGAGAGCUUGUGAGACCCUCAUUGAGCCAGAUGCUAACAUCAGCGAUGCUGUCGAUGUCCGUCAGGAGCUGGACCUGCGGAUAGGUGCGUCCUUCACUCGAUUCCAGACACUUCGCCUGCAGAAGAUCUUUCCAGAGUCUCUGGGCAAUCAGCUGAUCUCGUACGGCAGCUGUCAGUUUCCCACUCUGGGCUUUGUGGUGGAGCGUUUCAAAGCCAUCCAGGCUUUCAUACCUGAGACUUUCUACAAGAUCAAAGUGCUGCACGAGGUGGAGGAGGACACCGUAGAGUUCAACUGGAAAAGAAACCGUCUCUUCAACCACACAGCUUGCCUGGUGCUCUACCAGAUCUGCAUGGAGGAUCCCAUAGCAACAGUCACCUCAGUAACCAGCAAACCCAAGAGCAAGUGGAGACCGCUGCCUUUGGACACCGUGGAACUGGAGAAACUUGCAUCUCGGAAACUAAGAAUAAGCGCCAAAGAGACCAUGAAAAUUGCAGAGAAACUGUAUACCCAGGGGUAUAUCAGCUACCCCCGUACAGAGACAAACAUUUUCCCCACAACCUUGCCUCUCGGGCCCCUGGUGGAGCAGCAGACACAGAGCCCGGUCUGGGGGACGUUCGCCCAGCGGGUGAUCGAGCAGCCUGGGGGUCCCAACCCUCGACAGGGCAAGAAAUCUGACCAAGCCCACCCCCCCAUACACCCCACCAAGUACUCCGGUGGACUGCAGGGCAAUGAAGGACGUGUGUAUGAGUUCAUUGUCCGGCACUUCCUGGCCUGUGUAUCCCAGGAUGCUUUGGGGCAGGAGACUGUGGUGGACAUUGACAUCGCCCAGGAGAACUUCUCCACCUCGGGACUCAUGAUCAUUGCAAGGAACUACUUGGACGUUUACCCGUAUGACAGGUGGAGCGCUAAGGUGAUUCCAGUGUUCGAACAAGGCUCUCAGUUCCAGCCCUCUGCUGUCGAGAUGGUGGACGGACAGACGAGUCCUCCGCAGCUGCUCACUGAAGCCGACCUCAUAUCCCUGAUGGAGAAGCACGGCAUCGGCACCGAUGCAACCCAUGCCGACCACAUCGAGACCAUCAAGAGUCGCAUGUAUGUGGGCUUGACAGCUGAUCAGAGGUUUCUGCCUGGAGAGCUCGGCAUGGGACUGGUGGAGGGUUAUAACUCCAUGGGAUAUGAGAUGUCCAAACCAAACCUGCGUGCUGAAUUGGAGGCUGACCUGAAGCUGGUAUCAGAGGGCAGGAAGGACAAACUGAGCGUGCUGCAGAACCACAUCCAGAAAUACAAGACAGUCUUCAUCGAGUCCGUCAGGAAGGCGAAAAAGUUAGAUGAAGCCCUGUCGCCUUAUCUGGGAGCAGCUCAGGAGAUCGGCGAAGAGGAGCAGCAGGACAUGGAGAUGCCGUUGCCGGUCAGGAAGUGCCCUCACUGCAGGCGGGACAUGGUGCUGAAGAGGAAGAGGGACGGAAACAGUAGGUACCUGUCCUGCACGGGCUACCCAGCCUGUAAGACUGCAGUGUGGUUCCCCGACACGGUGCUGGAGGUGAGCAGAGACGACAGCGUCUGUCCCACCUGUCAGCCGCACCCUGUUCACAUGUUAAAGUUCAAGUUCCGCAGGGGCAGCCUCCCUCCCAUGAUGCCUUUAGAAUUCGUUGGCUGCAUCGGUGGAUGUGACGAGACACUCAGAGAGGUGCUGGACCUGAAGUACCUUCGGGCAGGAGGAGGGGGAGGAGGGGAGGAGGGGGAGGAGGAAGAGGGGGGGGGGGGGGGAGGAGGAGGAGGAGGAGGAGGAGGAGGAGAUCAUCCUCGUCCACCAGCUCCAAGGCCCCCCAGACCAGAGCACCCUAGAGCCCCGAGGUCAAAUCCUCGACCGUCCCUUCCCCCGGUCCCCUCCUGGACCCCGCAGCCACGACCUCCAGCGGGCGGUGGCGGUGUGGACGGCAGCAGCGAGGCCAUCGUGUGUAACUGCGGUCAGGAGGCGGUCCUCCUCACCGUGCGCAAAGACGGCCCCAACCAAGGUCGGCAGUUCUACAAGUGCAACGCCGGGAGCUGCAACUUCUUUCUGUGGGCGGAUCAGCCGAGUCAGCAGGGGGAGCUGCAGAGUCGAGGUCCUCCGCUGCAAGCCCCACCGAGGCUCUCCGUGGGGUUCAGGAACACCCCUGGAGGAGGAGGAGGCGGGGGGCAGGAGGGGGGUGCAGGAGGACACGCGGGACAGACGAUGUGUAACUGUAACGAGGCAGCGGUGACGCGCACGGUGCAGAAGGACGGGCCAAACAAGGGCCGGAUGUUCCACACUUGCGGGAAACCAAGAGACCAGCAGUGUGGCUUCUUCCUGUGGGCCGAUGAGAACGAACCUCCAUCAGGUGUGUUUGGUGGUGGGUUUAAUGGUGGUGGAGACGCAGGGAAGAAGGGGAGGAAGAUCACGGGAGAGGCCACCGCCAACAAACCUCCAGCUGCCAGGAAACCUCGCACCUGCGGCAUCUGCCACAUGCCGGGACACACCCGAGUCACCUGCCCCCAGCGGUGACCGCUGCUUUAAGACACUGUGUGGAGUCCGAUUUUAUUUUUCAAAUAUGCAGCAACUCAGAUUGUAAGUACCUCGUCACAGGGGGUGGACCUCUUCUUCUGGUGUAUAAGGAUACAAACAAGACCCCGUAUGCUUCCUGUAAAGCUACCUUUUGACAAAAACAGCUUUGAGCACAAGACUAAAGUCACGCAAUGACUCCGGCUCAGACGGAGUCAGAAAUUGUUGUACCCAGUCACGGUCAUUCAGCACAAUGACAACUCUGUUAUACAAAAAACGGGCAACGUCCGGGACAUUUUGUGUCUCGGGUCCUUUUCUCUCUGUUUUCAUCACGCUCUCGGUUCUCCUCAGAUCUGCAGUGAGCCUGUUCAAGAAGGACGGAUCUCUUCUGGCCCCUGGGAGGAAAGUCAGGGGUCAUUUUGGGGUCCACUUAACUUUUAGUAUCAACGUUUUAGGAAAUACACUUUUUUUGCUCUCUCGCCAAGAGUGAGAUGAGAAGGUUGAUAACACUCCUGAGUCUGUACACUACAGCUAGCAGUUAGCUUAGCUUAGCAUGAAGACUGAAGGACUAAAGAUUCACAGGAUGAGGGUUUAUGCCAGACUUUUAUUUUUAAAAGUGUAUUUCCCAAAAUAUUUAACUUAUUAGUGCAGUAUUGGUGAAGAGGAAAAGAGGACUACAUGGAGGAUGUAACCUGAUUUUGCUCAGCUGGUUAUUCUAAAAGGGUUCUUCUGCCACAGAAGCUGCUGUCUGUCAUGAAUAAAUGUGUAUUUUAAAGGAAACAUAUUUGCACAGAGUUUCUUAAUAACUACUAGCCGUGACAGCGUGUGUGUGUGUGUGUGUGUGUGUGUGUGUGUGUGUGUGUGUGUGUGUGUGUGUGUAGCAGGAACUUCCACAGAGUACUUUUCCAGGUGUUUGUAUGUCUGUCUGUGGACAGACCUUGUCACCACGCCGCCACCGUGCAAGAUGCCGUCACUAAACUUCACAGGAGCGUGUUGUUGAGAAGGUUGAGUUCAAAGAAGGGUGUGUGGUCUAAGCGGGGGGGGGGGGGUCAGAAGUAGUAGGGUACUACUUAACGCCCCCGGCUGAAUGCGGCGUCACGGCUGGUGUGCUUCCAUCCAUAGACUGUAUAAAAUAUGGACGUGGUCUCCGUGACGUCUGCCGUGGGUUUCUGAGGAGCAGUUGUGGAGAUCAGAGUGUGCGGCUGCCAAUGUGUUCACUUUUACCAUCACUAAGCAUCUUAAACAGGAACCUGGUGGUUUACAUCGUUGAUUUUCUUCGAGGUGUUCUUUGGAAGAAACGUUUAAUAAAAUGUUUUUACGUUGUGAAAAUAAUGAGUGCAAACUAAGAUUGUACUCUGUCAGUAGCAAGGAUUUCUAUUUUAAUAUUGAUGAAUGCUAAUAAACAUGAAUGUACAGUAAGCUGGUUAUUGAUAUCUUUACAGGCAUGACCGGGGUUGAUGUUCUGCAUUUUGGUUUCGGUCUUUGGUGUUUCUCUCUUGGUCCCACUGGUUUUGGUUUCAUCGUCUUCAAACUUUCGUCCAGCUCAACUUAGGAGAGAAACCAAACUCAAGACGUCUUUCUUGCUGCUGUACAUAGUAAAUGUAAUCAGUAAUAUGAAGAAAACAUUUGUGCUUAAUGUAUUUUGAUCAACCUAUUUAGCUGAAAUUACUGUGACUGUAGUUUCGUAUGCUUAUAUACGAUCAUAUUUCCUGUCCUGACCAGUAGAAAUACUUACGUACCUUUACUUAAGUAAAAGUACUCAGACCACAUGGCAGAAAUACUUCAUUGCAAGUCUAGAUUUUAAAAUGAUACUUCAAGAAAAGUACAAAAGUAGAAGUACUUGUAUGUCAUUGGAUAUUAUUAUUCCUAUUAAGUAUCAUUUAACUGCUCAUAUUGCUGCCAAUUUAAACCAUGAUUGGUAGUUUAAAACACAUUUUAUAUGACAGCAGGUUAAAUUGUAUCCUGCAAA